AUAUGUCCUGUAGAUGGCGCUGCAUGUAGCUGUUGCUCUGGUAUUGCUCAGUACCUGUUGGGGAGCUCCGCCGGGCAGUCAGAAUCAAACGAAAUUUGAUACAGAGAGCUAUGAUGUGGACGUGGAUGUGAACGCGUGGGACCUGAACAGCUAUGGAGAGACCUACGGCUACGAUGUCUUGGAUGAGGAGGAGAAGGGGGACAUUGAGGUUGGGACUGUCGCUCCUCCAUCAGCCAUUACUCACCCAAUUCCAGCUGUUACAACCCUACCACCUCCUGCAGAUGUUCCUCAAGCCUCAACGAUAGGGGUGACACUUCCAUCCCUAAACAGCAAACCAACAGUCCACCCUACACUGGACUUCAAGGCGCCUGGACUCUUUGGACCAGCUACCGGCCUUGGAAUGCCCACUUGCCUGCUGUGUGUGUGCAUCGGUGGCAGCGUGUAUUGUGAUGAUUCUGAUUUGGUUGAGAUCCCACCUUUGCCCAAGGACACCACCCACUUUUACGCCCGCUUUAAUAAAAUUACAGAAGUCAAAGCCAAGACAUUUUUAAACAUGAAUCAGCUGAAGAGAAUUGAUUUAACAGGGAAUCAGAUCUCCACCCUGGACCAGGACUCCUUUCUCUCACUUCCAGAGCUCCAGGAUCUAUUUUUAGCUGAUAACAGGAUCGAGUUUCUGCCCGAGCUUCCGACUACCAUGAGGCACAUCGAUGUUCGGGGGAACCGUCUGAAGAGCGCCGGCAUGCACAGAGAGGGAUUUAAGGAAAUGAAAGACCUGCACUUCCUGUACCUGUCAGAUAACCAGCUCGACUAUGUACCCGUCCCACUUCCUGAAAGUCUGCGAGCGCUUCAUCUGCAGAACAACAAUAUCCAGAGCUUGAACGCAGACACGUUCUGCAACAGUCAUGACCUCAGCUACACACGCAAGGCUUUGGAGGACAUCCGGCUGGACGGAAACCCUCUGAAUCUGAACCAGUAUCCGCAGGCCUACGUUUGUCUGCCACGUCUGCCUGUAGGACGCUCACGCUGACAGCUGGUGCUAGUAGGAGUGGAUUUAGGUAUUAUAAGACACCAGGCAGUAUGAAAGGUCAUGUGGGUCAGAUUAAUUGAGCAAGAGGCAGGAAACACCAGUCCAUCACAGGGCACCAGUCCAUCACAGGGCAUGCACACACACUCAUACCUAGCACCCGGAGGAAACUCACAUGGACACAGAGAGAACAUGCAAACUCCACACAGAAAGGACCCUGGCCGUCCAGAAUGAACUGGCGAUGUAUGACGACAGCGCUACCCACUUUGCAACCGCACCAUCCAUAUAUGAUGUCUUUUUUUUAAUAGUUGUGUUGUGGUUAAAUAUUACUAGUCAAUUCCUGCU